AUGAUGCCUUGCGUGCAGGCUGUUGGGAGCAUCACGAGAUACAGCAUGGGGGCAAAGAACUCGAAGAAUGAGGACACGGUAGAGCAAGGGGCAGAGCCACCGCCAUCUCCUGUGCCGAAGGGGGCGGUCAACCGCCGCAGACGCUGCAGUGUCAGCGCAGAAGUGGACGCAUCUAAGGCACCCCGCGUCAAGAAGGUAGUUCCCAAGACCGAUGCGCAGCUGAAGGACAUCGAGAAGGCUAUCAGCAGAUGCUUCCUGUUUUCCUCGCUAUGUGAAGCUCAGCGCAAGGAGGUGGUUGACUCCAUGGAGGAACGGAGGUAUCAGUCGGGCGACGCUGUCAUCGAGGAGGGGGGGCCCGGGGACUUCUUUUACGUCACGGGCUCGGGCGAGCUCGAGGUGUUCAUCGCGGGGAAGAACAACGAUGAGCCCCUCCGCACGCUCAAGUCCGGCGACGCCUUUGGCGAACUUGCCCUCAUGUACAACUCCCCUCGCACAGCCACCGUCAAGGCGGUGACGGGGUGCUUGGUUUGGGCGCUGGAUCGCACAACAUUCCGGCACACCAUCCUUGAGGCUGGGCAGCAGCGCCGCCAGAAAUACGAGGUCUUCCUCGCCAACGUAGAAAUCCUGAAGCGCGCGAACCUCAGCGCGACGGACAUCGCGCAGCUAGCGGAUGCCGUGGAGCCCAUCGCUUUUGCCGAUGGUGACACGAUAAUCAAGGAGGGCGAUGACGACCGGAGCCUGUUCAAGUUUUACAUCGUGGAGGACGGGGAGGCCAGGGCGUACGUGCAUGAGGACGGGGAAGAAGUGCUCAUGAGCCAUCUGCACCCGGGUGACCAUUUUGGGGAGAAGGCCUUGGUCGAAAAAACACCCCGGACGGCCACCGUGAAAGCCCACGGCCCCCUCAAGUGCGCCGCCCUCAGCAUCGCUGGUUUUGAGCGGCUCAUGGAAGAGCGCGGGGUUGGGCCAACAAAUAUUGCCCGGGGGUUCAAUGAUCGGGGGACACAAAAGCGACGAAUGGAGGUUGUGGGGUGA